AUGCUUCUCCGUUCGUGGCUCUCAGGUCUCGUGUUCACAGGCCUCGCGGCAUGCUUCCAAUCGUAUUGCAAAUGCGAUUGCGAGGUGAACUACGAGAUCCUCGAGCUCGACAUCGCUCACGGCUGUAGUCAGUGCACAGUGCAAUAUUGUCUGGACCAGAAAAUUGACAUGUGCAGAGAUCCAGAGAACCGCGAAUUGAUGACGGCGUACUGUUUCCGUAAGUACAGAGAACUAGACCCACAAAGCUAA